UUUGUGCAAUUGACCCGUUUUAUAUCAUAUAAUAGUAAUCUCUAUUCGGAGAGAGAAUGGAAGAACACAGGGACUCGAAACCCUCGCAAACCAAAUCAAAGUUGAUCUACUCCAUUAUUCUUCCUGACAUAUGGCUUCACUGCAAGAUAGUUUAAACAGAUUCAAGAAGCAGCAAGAGAAAUGCCAAUCAACCCUAACCAGCAUUGCAGCCAAAGCAGGGCCUUCUAGGGCGGCAGUAGCAAAUCGAAAGGCCACACCCGAAAGGCAUUCGACCAUUGCAAAAUCCCCUUCCCCUCCAAUCAAAUUCUCAAAUGACACAGAGAGACUUCAACACAUUAACAGCAUACGAAAAGCCCCGGUGGGAGCUCAGAUCAAACGUGUUAUAGGCUUGCUUUUCGAGACAAGGCAAGCCUUCACACCAGAGCAAAUAAAUGAAGCAUGUUACGUUGAUACAAAUGCCAACAAGGCUGUGUUUGACAGUUUGAGGAAUAACCCAAAAGUGAAAUAUGAUGGGAAGCGCUUCUCUUACAAGUCCAAGCAUGAUCUGAAGGAAAAGAAUCAACUUCUUAUCUUAAUACGGAAAUUUCCAGAGGGUAUUGCUAUCAUUGAUCUCAAGGAUGCUUACCCAACUGUCAUGGAGGACUUGCAGGCUUUGAAAGCAGCUGGUCAAAUCUGGCUGCUGUCGAACUUUGAUUCACAGGAGGACGUAGCCUACCCAAAUGAUCCCCGAGUGCCCAUCAAGGUUGAUGAUGACCUCAAACAGCUCUUCCGGGGAAUUGAAUUGGCACGAGAUAUGAUUGACAUUGAGAAGGAUCUCCAAAAGAAUGGGAUGAAGCCUGCCACAAACACUGCAAAGAGAAGGGCCAUGGCUCAGGUUGACGGCAUUGCCUCUAAGCCCAAGCCCAAGAAGAAGAACAAAGAAAUCAGCAAGAGGACCAAGUUAACCAAUGCCCACCUUCCGGAGCUCUUCCAGAACCUUAAUGUUCCUGGUUCUUGAUGGUGGAUCAAGAGAUUAUGGGACACAUUAUGCUUUGGUUCAAUCCGGUUGAAGGUUGAUAGUAUUUGCUCUAGUUACAGGCAGACCGGUGCUCCAGACGAGCCAUGCUCUCUUUACCUUGCAGGAGUUAGCUUGCUACGAAUUUUCACCAUUCAACCUAUGAUAUACUUGUAUUAUCUAUUCUAUAACAACAAAGAAGGGCUCUUUCGACAAUGUCCACAAUUUCUAUAAUAAGGUGUUGUAUAGGUGAUAAGUGAAUGCUUUCAAUUGCUACAAAUAAUUCUAUAGUAAUGUUGUAUUAUAGUAUUUUAAUAGUGGGACUUAGGAUGCUUGAAUGUCACAAUCUUAAGCUAAGGCGGUGUUUGGCUUGAGCAUGACUAUAAUCUCUGCCUCUUGUAAGGAAACCUGAUUGUUUGGUUCCUCUUUGUUGGGCCUAUACAAAUGAAAAAGUCAAAUAUAGUUAAAUAAAGUCCAACAAGGACUUUCAAUCA